GCCACCGCGCUGCUCUCACAGCCUCAUUCAACAGGCAUUUACGCACACUUACACAUCCGGACCGACCACGUUUUGACAAGAAAUUAACCGGCAGACAGCAUUCAAAUGGGAGGACAAUGUUUUAUUAUGGAUGUGGUCUGGUUGCGCACUGUGGCGCCUAAGUCUUUCGUUGUGCGUCUGUCUUGGUAGCUCCAUCAUCCGCUUUUUUUUCCGUUCUUUUUUUUCCUUUAAGAAAGUGGGACAAGAAUGGCAGCUUCGCAUAAUGGAUCGAACCUAACCUCAAACUACACAAACCAGUUUGUGCAGCCUCCAUGGCGCGUCGCCCUCUGGUCCGUCGCCUACAGCUCGGUGCUGGCCGUGGCCGUGUUUGGCAAUCUCAUCGUCAUUUGGAUCAUUUUGGCGCACAAGCGCAUGAGAACAGUGACCAACUACUUUCUGCUCAACUUGGCCUUCUCCGACGCCUCCAUGGCUGCCUUCAAUACUUUGAUCAACUUCGUCUACGCGACGCACGGGGACUGGUACUUCGGGGAGGCUUACUGCAAAUUCCACAACUUCUUUCCGGUAACGUCGGUGUUCGCCAGCAUUUACUCGAUGACUGCAAUCGCCGUUGAUAGGUACAUGGCCAUUAUCCACCCACUGAAGCCUCGCCUGUCAGCCAAGGUCACCACUGGAGUCAUCGCCUGCAUCUGGAGUCUUGCCGUGGUUCUGGCCUUUCCCCUCUGCUACUUCUCCAAAAUUCGAGUUCUGCCUCAUAGGACCUUGUGCUAUGUCGCGUGGCCUCGCAUGAAAGACGACCCUGUCAUGUUCCACAUCAUAGUGACUCUGCUGGUCUAUGUGUUGCCUUUGGUGGUAAUGGGCAUUACCUACUCUAUUGUGGGAGUCACUCUGUGGGGAGGGGAGAUUCCCGGAGAUUCAUCCGACAACUACCACGGACAACUGCGAGCUAAAAGAAAGGUGGUGAAGAUGAUGAUCAUCGUCUUGGUGACCUUUGCCCUCUGCUGGCUGCCUUAUCACAUCUACUUCAUUGCAACGGGUCUCAACAAGCAUUUGAUCAAGUGGAAGUCCAUCCAGCAAGUUUAUCUGUCUGUGCUGUGGCUGGCCAUGAGCUCCACUAUGUACAAUCCCAUUAUAUACUGCUGCCUGAACAGCAGGUUUCGUGCUGGCUUCAAGCGGGCCUUUCGCUGGUGCCCUUUUAUCAAGGUAUCCAGCUGCGAUGAGUUGGAACUUCGCUCGACCCGGCAACACCCGAUGCGGCAGAGCAGCAUGUACACGCUCUCCAGAAUGGACACCAGCAUGGUUGUGGCUUACGACCAUGCCGAUGGUGAUGGCUGCGGCUCCGUAAGAAAGUGGUCCCUGUCCUCCAGGAAGAGAAGCUACGUCACGUCACGCCACACGCCUGCCGCUUCCAGCACUGGAAGCAUGAAAACACAAAAUGGUGGGAUCCCGACUCCUCAAGCUGAGCAAUUUUUUUGAGUGUGAAUUUAAUUUCUUGAGAAUACAAUGCACUUGUAUUCUUUUUUAUUCGAGUGUAUUAUACAGCCCCCAAAAUUGCCCCUCAAAAAUUGCACUCCCCUGAUUUGAUGGUAUUUAUGCCCAAAAAAAUAUUUUAUUUGGAUUGGAAUUUUGUGUUUUAUGUUGUAUGUACGCUCGAAGGUCCCUUCGCGGUGGCACCAUUUAGUGGAAGGAAAAGUACACCUUCUUUUCCACGGUCCCUAGGUAGUGGUAAACUUCAUUUUUUUUUUUCUUGUAAAAGUUUUAGUAUGUUAUUCUCAAGAAAUUACAGUAUUUUUCCUGUCACGCAUCAACAGUUACAUGAAGAAAGAGGCAUGUGGCAAUUUUUACACAUUUGCAUGAUACAAUAUAAAUACAAUCAAAAUUGUUUGCAUCUUACAUUUUAAUGAUGUGCACAAUUCUUAGAUCAAACACUGCACAAUUACUGCAUAAAGUUUCGCUUUUAUCAAAUUGAGUGUCUCCUGCAACAGUGAACUCUUGCUCGGCAAAAACCUUGAGCGCUAAUUAACAUCAGUCUUUAUUGUGUUGUUUUGGAAACGUCUCGAUUAACAUCAAAGUGUUAAUUGUGCUGUUAUUUUGGAAGAACGUCUCAGCCCUGUGGUUCCAAUUAUUUGCUUAAGUUUACACAAUUAAAACUUUACGCAUGCUUGACUGACAGUGUAUUCUC